AUGUCUUCCGACAACUAUUCGCAAGCGCCUGGCGCCCGGCCUCCUCAUAUAACGGUCAAUUCGGGUAACGAAGGAGAUAUGGUUGAAAGCUUGCGUUCAGAUAGUUCAUCAGGCACAGGCGUAGGGCCAGGGACACCGGGAGCAUCCAGAAACUUAUUACCACAACGACCACCACCUCCUGGUACUGCGGUAUACGGUGCUCCGGGAGUGGCGGAUUCUUCAGAGAUGCUAUUACCACCACGGUCACGAGGCCCAAAACCAUACCAAGAUGAUCCAACUGAUAGCCCUACCUCUCGUUCUGUAUCAGGUAUGUCUUCAAGGAGAACAAGUUGGGAUUCAGAAACGGGGAGUAGAGACAGUCGGUAUGGUGCUUCGCCAUUCGCUUCGCCAUUCGACGAUUCGAGAGCACCUUCGAGGUCUGGUAGUAUAGAUGACAAUGUCAACACGCAGACGGUUUCAGAAAAGUACAACAUUAUGCCCUCGGCAGGCCUGUUACUCUUUCCGGAAGAUAUAGAGAAGGACGAUUACCUCCACAAUCCCGACCCUAACGAGAAGGAUUCCGAAAAGUGCGAUAUAUGGAACAAGCGAGGAAUGACGAACAUUGGAGGACUGAUUUUCGUGACCCUUGGGGUCUUGGUAUUGUUCAUUGGAUACCCUGUCUUGACUGCCGCUCGAAGAGUUAUCAAUCCUCCGAAAAGCAACUGUGAGCUGGAUGCCAGCUGUUUAUCGGAUAGUGUUGCAUUGCUUUCGAAUAUUAGGAGUGGACUCAUCGAUCCGGAUACUCCGAGUACCGCUACGACCAGGACGUCAGCCGAUGGAAAGAAGUUGAAGCUCGUGUUCUCGGAUGAAUUCAAUACGGAUGGGCGAACUUUCUACGAUGGUGACGAUCCAUUCUUCCAGGCAAUGGAUAUCUGGUAUGGUGUUACUCAAGACAUAGAGUGGUAUGAUCCAGAUGCUGUAACGACCGCCAACGGAACACUUAACCUGCGAAUGGACGCGUUUCAAAGCCACAAUCUCAACUACCGGUCAGGUAUGGUCCAGUCAUGGAAUCAACUGUGCUUCAAAGGUGGUCGAUUGGAGGCAAGCAUUUCCUUGCCGGGUCGUGGUGACAUUCAGGGUUUCUGGCCUGGUUUCUGGGCUAUGGGGAAUCUUGGACGACCUGGAUUUCCCGCAACUACGGACGGCAUGUGGCCUUACAGUUAUUGGGACAAGUGCGACGCCGGUAUUACCGCAAAUCAGAGUUCUGCAGAUGGAAUAAGUUUGCUGCCUGGAAUGAGAUUACCGGCUUGUACCUGCGCGAACGAAGAUCAUCCAACUCCUGGCUUCUCUCGAUCCGCUCCGGAAAUUGAUGCUAUCGAAGCUAGUAGCGGCUUCAUGGGCCCAGGUGAAUAUGACGGAGCAACUGGCACUGCGUCCCAAUCUUUCCAAGCUGCACCCUUCGACAUCUUCUACCAACCAGACGCCGAUUAUACCGCGGUCUACGACCACCAGAUUACUGGUAUGAACGUUUAUCGUGGUGGCGUGUACCAACAAGCACUCUCAGCCGUGACUUGGCUCAACAACGACUGGUAUGAUGGCAAGGCUUAUCAAACUUACGGCUUUGAAGCCACUCCGGGAGCUACAGGUGAUAUCUCUUGGUUCGUUGGAGACGACUAUACGUGGAAGGUCGAUGGCCGUGCUACCCGACCGAAUGGAAAUAUUGGCCAGCGUGUUAUUCCCGAAGAACCAAUGGCCUUGAUCAUGAAUUUUGGAAUGUCGAACAGUUUCGCCACGGUAUUCUUAGCAAAUUUGGCAGAGUUGUUACCAGCUACUAUGCGAUUUGACUACGUGAGGAUAUACCAGGAAGAGGGCAAGGAGUCGAUUACCUGUGAUCCUACUGGAUAUGAAACGACGGAAUACAUCGCGGCUCACCCGGAACCUUACGCGAACCCCAAUUUAACCUUGUGGGACAAGACCAAUUACACCUGGCCCCAGAACACAUUAGUCAACGGUUGCACCUAA